AUGGCCUCCUAUCCUCGGUGUUGCAGAUGUACCGCCGACGUGAAGACUGGCUGUGCAGCAACAUGGGAAGGUCUCGAAGCCGGUGCGUGGCUCUGGGUGAGGGAUGCGACCGUCCAGUACAACGAGGCCUCAAAGUCCUGGAUUUACUUGGCGAGCUCCGUCUGGGAGCAGACGGAGGCCAUCAGGGUUUACUGCGAGAGAUGCUGGCGGUCUUGGGCACGAUACGUGAAGCCGGGAUGCAAGUAUCAGCUCAGCAGUUCGUGCGAAGGGUUGGCCAACAGCAACUCAGGCAAGUACCUGGAUCACUGGAAGCACAGAGGCAACCCCUUCCAGUGCGCCGUGCGCUUUAGCGUCAGGAGCUCCGACCGUUUUGAGAUAUUUGGACGGCUGUGCUACCGCGUAGCUCAAAAGGCUGCAGCGCCAAGCCCUCCGACGUACUGCUUGAUCUCGGCGCCCACAUCGGCACGGCCACAACGUAUUACCUCGAACAGGGCAUCUCAGGCGCCGACUCCUAUGAGCCAAUGCAGAAGAACUUGGGGCACAACGAAGCAAUGCUUCACGAGACAUCGUGCGGCGGUUGCAGGUUCCCGGCGGAUGCUGCUCGACCCACAUAACCAUUUGCUGAGAGCAGGGCAAGGCCAAGGGCAGGGCGGGCGCUGGUGCGUGGACGGGCACUUUCCAGGUGAAGACGAAGGACGUGGCCUACGGCAUCGACUGCGCGGGCAUGUUGCAACGGAAUCUGAGCACACAGCACCGGCGACUCCAGCGACCACGGCAAUUCUGCCCAAACUGCUCGGAAGGCAGAAAAGGCUCCAAUGUGAUGUUGAAGCUCAUUCUGCUGAGAGUGAAAACUUGGCCUUGAGGGUGGCAGAUUUGGAGCAGGAGGUGGAAAGGUUGAAAUCUUUCAGGCGGAGCACAGCAGUCAGAUGA